AGUUUCAUUGAAUCGAUAUUUUCUCUCACAUUUAUUCAUUUCCAUAGUAUGUUUGUUAUUUAUUGCAAAACGAAUUAAAAACAAGUGGCAGGCAGUCAGCAAACUGACUGGGUUGCUGCUUCGGUGUUCGCUUAAACCAAUCGCCGCCAAUGCCUAUAAGUUGUCGUUAUCACUAAGUGAUUGUUUAGUACACAACAACAGCAGCCGCAGAAGCAUUAGCAACAGCAGCAGCAACAACAAUUUAUAUUGAACUUCGGCUGUUGAGAACUCGAACUUUGUUACACACCCAUACACAUGCAUCGGCCAGAGUCAUUAGAUGUGAAUCAAUAACAAAAUAAUAAAAAAGCCAACAAAAACAACAGCAACAACACUGCCCGCAAAAGCCUACAGCGUCAUUAUUUUUUUUGGGUAUCUGCACUUGCACAAGAUAAUUAGAUUUCACACAUACACAAUUGUAAAUAUGGCGAGCAUCGAGGAACGUUUCCAGGCGGCUGUCAACGUGAUCAAGGGACUGCCCAAGAAUGGACCCUAUCAGCCCAGCACCAGCAUGAUGUUGAAAUUCUAUGGGCUCUUCAAGCAGGCAUCGGAGGGCGGCUGUGCGCAGAAGAAGCCACCGUUUUGGGAUGUUGUCGGACGAGCCAAAUGGGAUGCAUGGAACCGGAAUCGUGAGCUGAGCAAGGAGCAGGCGAUGCAACGCUAUGUGGAGGGUCUGCAGGAAAUCAUCGAGACAAUGUCCUUCACGGAGAACGUGCAAAACUUUGUGGGCAGCCUCGAUGGGUUGACCAACAUAAAUCUGGACGAGCUGGAGCUGGUCUCGCCCGGCAUGCGUGAGCUAGCCGAAUCACAUCCGAACUCACCGUUCCAUUCGCGCACAAACAGUCCGCAGCAUGGCAGCAGCUCCAACGUGGGCGUUGCAGAUCAGCCUCAAAGAAAUACGGAUUCGCUCAUCAAUGGCCAUCAGACACCGCUGACCAAUGGCUACACGUCUACGACGAGCACCGGCUACGCAACGCACAACGACUCCACCAGCAGCAGCAACAACAACAACAACAACAAUUACACAAACAACAGCAGCGUGGCCAUUGUGGAGCCCUCCGACGAUGAAUACGACGAUCCCUACGACACGAUGCUGCCCCAGGAGCUCACACAAGCGAUCACACACAAUACGGAAAUGCUGCGGCAAAUCCAGAGCACAGUGGCCACAAUGAAUUCCGAUAUGGCUGCUGUGCAGCGACGAGUUCGUAGCAUGGAGCAAGCCCUGCUCGAGGUGCGCAAUGCGCAAAAGCUGCAUGACAAACACAGGAAUCCGAUCUGGUGGCCAUUCAAGGAUAUCUCGCCGCUUUGGUUCGCUGUGCUGGUGUUGUGGCCUUUCCUCGUACGUCGCCUGACGCGAAUGGUGGAAAGCAGACGCCGCUGACGGCGGAAACCUUUCGAUUAGCUUUAUUCCUAUCAUAGUUAAAUUAUACUCUCGGUUAUGGGCAUUAGCUUUAUCUGGCUUGCUUUAAUCAUCCACAAAUGCGCUACACUUUUUGUACAGAGUUGGACUUGUAUUUAGUUUUGUCGGUUUAUCCAGUUGCAAUAUGUAUAUGUUUUAUGUAUAUUUAUGUUUUAGUAACACAAGCUAUUAGUGACACAUUCCCCCUCUCUCCCUCGAAAACACAUUUAUAUUUUUAGUUAGUAAGCCGAAAGUUUUCUGUGCAUUUUUUUUGCCCAGGCUGGGCGCGCUUUUGCCUUGGUCCAAAGCGUUGCCUUUUGGUUGAGAGACUGGUGCAAUGGUUGUAAAAACAAUUUGAUUUGUUUGUUAAUUAUAAUUUUUGUAAUAAAGUCAUAUAAUAUGAUUCAAAUCACAA